AUGGUGCCUCCAGGGAAGAAGCCGGCUGGAGAGGCCUCCAACUCCAACAAGAAGUGUAAGCGCUACUUCAACGAGCACUGGAAGGAGGAGUUCCCCUGGCUGGACUUUGACUACGAGCGCAAGCUGAUGUUUUGCCUCGAGUGCCGCCACGCCCUGGUGCGCAACAAGCAUGGCAAAGCCGAGAACGCCUUCACCGUGGGCACCGACAACUUCCAGCGCCAUGCCCUGCUGCGCCACGUGACCUCAGGAGCCCACCGCCAGGCCCUGGCUGUCAACCAGGGCCAGCCCGCUUUGGAGGGCCAGGCUGGGAGAGGGAGCGCCUACUCUGGCCUGGCACCCACGCCCACCUCCAGGGGCGUCAAGGCGGAGGUGGACCCAGCCAAGAUGGCUGUGCUGACCACGGUGUACUGCAUGGCCAAGGAGGACCUGCCGGAUGACCGCUGCUCUGCCCUGCUCGAGCUGCAGAAGUUCAACCUGUGCCAGGCGCUGCUGGGUGUGGAGCGUGGUGACUACUACAGCCCCAGGAGGGUGAGGGACAUGCAGGUGGCCAUCGCUGGGGUCCUGCACACAGAGGCUUGCCAGCGCCUGAAGGCAUCCCCGUACGUGGGACUGGUGUUGGACGAGACCAGGGACUGGCCGGAGUCCCACAGCCUGGCUCUGUUUGCUACUUCGGUGUCCCCCUGCGAUGGCCAGCCUGCCACCACCUUCCUGGGCAGUGUGGAGCUACAGGAGGGUGGGGUCACUGCCGGCCAACUCCUAGACAUCCUACAGGCCUUCGGUGUCUCCGCACCCAAGCUGGCCUGGCUCGGCUCGAGCCUGCCGAGUGACCGCCUGCGGAGUGUGGGCCGACAGCUCCGGGCCGCCUGCCCACUGCUCACAGAGCUGCACUGCCUCCCUGGCCGGAUGGAUCCCGAGCCCCCUGCCUACCUGGGUGAAUACGAGAGCGUACUGGAUGCCCUGUUCCGCCUCCACGUUGGGCCCAGUUCCCACGUGGUCCCCGAGCUGCGGGCCGCGCUGGACCUUGCAGCCAUUGACUGGACAGGGCCGCGGCCGGUACCCUGGGCCUCCCUGCUGCCCGUCGUGGAAGCAGUGGCCGAGAUCUGGCCUUGCCUUGUAUCCGCCCUGGAGGCGGCGGCCCCAGCCUCCCCCACAGCUGGGGCCCUGGCCCUGGCUCUGCGCCAGUUCACCUUUGUAGCCUUCACCCACCUGCUGCUGGACGCUUUGCCCUCCGUGCAGAAACUCGCCCUCGUCCUACAGCCGGAGGAGCCGGACUUGGCCAUGCUGAAGCCUCUGGUGAUGGCGGCCGCUGCCUCCCUCCAAGCUCAGCGGGGCUCAGGCGGGGCCCGCCUCCAGGGCUUCCUGCGGGAAUUGGCAGCCUCCGACCCAGAGAGGGGCAGCGGGCGCUGCACCUACCGCGGCGUGGAGUUGGUCGGCUACUCCGAGGCUGCGGUGCGAGGCGUGGAGCGGCUCUGCGGAGCUCUCCUGGACUCCAUGCGGAGGGGCCUGCGGGACUCCUACCCUGAGCCCUCGCUGGAGGCUGUGGCCGCCUUCGCGGCGAUCUUCGACUCCCGCCGCUACCCGCAGGCUCCAGAGGAGCUGGGCGCGCACGGCGAGGGGGCGUUGCGGGUGCUGCUGCGGGGCUUCGCGCCGGCCGUGGUCCGCCAGCGGGCGCUGGGCGACUUCGCGCUCUUCAAGCGCGUGGUGUUCGGCCUGGGGCGGCUCAGCCCGCGCGCCCUGUGCGCCAGGCUGGCGUGCGCGCACUCGGAGCUGCACGAGCUCUUCCCCGACUUGGCCGCCCUGGCCGCCCUGGCCCUGGCGUUGCCCGCGGGAGCCGGCCUCUUGGACAAGGUGGGCCGCAGCCGGGAGCUGCGGUGGUGGGGACAGAGCGGGGCAGGGGAAGGCCGCGGCGGCCACGUUGUGAAGAUCGCUGUGGAUGGGCCGCCGCUGCAGGACUUUGACUUCGGGCUGGCCGUGGAGUUCUUAGAAAGUGGCUGGGGGGAGGGGCUCCUGGGGCCGCAGCCCUCCUGA